AUGGAGUUGAAAUAUUUCAACUUUUAUCUUUUUCCUUUAUUCGGGUUUUUUGAGAAUCCAUCCAAAGAUGAAGUGAUUAUCUACAAUCAAUGUGCAUCUCUUAGAGUUGCCAUUCAACAACAUCUCAAAUCCAAGUCAAAGUUACCUGUAACUAUAACAUUCCAUGGUGAUGUCAACAAAUUUCUUUUCAAAAAGAUAGGAAUUGUCAGGGAUGAUGACUUUCCCUGCAAAUAUUUUCCACGCUUUUGGGACCACUGUGCGUACAGUCAUGGCCAGGGAGUAAAAGUGUUCUAUCCAAUAAAGGUUAGACAUUUUAUUUCCUGGUCUCCAAAAAAAUAUAACAUAGAUGACCACAAUCCUUCCCUUAGAGCUUUUCAGGAGAAGCUUACCUUUAUUAAAGUAGCUGUUGGAGAUGACUCUUAG